GAGUAUUCAGACCUGCAGGUGGCGACAAGUUCACGUUUGAUAUCUUUGCUACUUAAAUAAAAGCAAGGAUUACGUUUCUUUAGUUCAAACUAAUCAAAGUAGUUUAUUCGGCUGUGUUUUAUUUUUUUUCUUUACUGUAAGUCAUGGGGAUCGAGUGGUUCUCAUACACACAAAGAUAUAAAGCAGCUCUCCAAAAAUCCUAUAUCCAGUGAAGAUCUUCAGUCCUCUUUUUCCUCAGUCUUCUUCAGCUGAACAUCAGGAUUGGCCGCAGGACUGUCAGCAGGUGUGAAUGAAAAUGGCCAUACAUGUGGACGGACUGCUGGCCAUUAUCAUCUUCUAUCUGUUGAUUUUAAUGGUGGGAAUUUGGGCAGCAUGGAAAAACAAAAACUCUGGGAUGUCACACGGAUCAGACCGCAGUGAAUCUAUCAUGGUCGGUGGUCGAGACAUCGGAUUGUUUGUUGGUGCAUUUACAAUGACCGCUACAUGGGUUGGUGGUGGUUAUAUAAACGGCACAGCCGAGUGUGUUUAUCUGCCUGGUUCUGGUUUGGCUUGGGCUCAGGCUCCGUUUGGUUACGCUCUCAGUUUGGUUGUAGGUGGGCUAUUCUUUGCGAAACCCAUGCGCUCUCGAGGUUACGUGACCAUGUUGGACCCUUUUCAGCAGCUCUAUGGGAAGAGAAUGGGCGGUCUUCUCUUCAUACCUGCAUUACUAGGAGAGAUAUUCUGGUCUGCAGCCAUUUUAUCAGCCUUGGGUGCUACACUGAGUGUAAUCGUAGACAUCAACAUCAACGUGUCUGUGGUGGUCUCGGCUUUAAUAGCUGUUUUCUACACACUGGUGGGUGGACUUUACUCUGUCGCGUACACGGAUGUCGUUCAACUCUUCUGCAUUUUUCUGGGCUUGUGGUUGAGUGUGCCGUUUGCCCUGUCCAAUCCUGCUGUGUCAGACAUCAGUGUUACCGCAGUAAACAGAGUGUUUCAGUCACCCUGGCUGGGCGAGAUCAAUCCAUCUGACGGCUGGAUGUGGGCGGAUAACUUCUGUCUUCUCAUGUUGGGUGGGAUUCCCUGGCAGGUGUAUUUUCAGCGGGUUCUCUCUGCUUCUUCAGCCAGUUACGCUCAAAUCCUCUCCUUCCUAGCUGCUUUUGGCUGUCUUGUCAUGGCGGUCCCGUCUGUCCUGAUCGGAGCAAUAGGAGCUUCAACAGACUGGAACGAGACUUCCUACGGUUCGCUUUCUCCGGUGGAGAAGGAUGAGUCCGACAUGAUUCUGCCCAUCGUGCUCCAACAUCUCUGCCCUUCUUUCGUUUCCUUUUUUGGGUUAGGGGCGGUGUCAGCUGCUGUGAUGUCAUCUGCAGAUUCGUCCAUUCUUUCUGCUAGUUCUAUGUUUGCCAGAAACAUUUACCAGCUUGCUUUCCGGCAAUCAGCCUCGGACACAGAAAUAGUUUGGGUCAUGAGGAUCACCAUCUUUGUGUUUGGGGGUUUAGCAACAGCUAUGGCUCUUCUGACAGGUUCUGUGUAUGGUCUAUGGUAUUUAAGCUCAGACCUGGUGUACAUCAUUAUUUUCCCCCAGCUUCUCUGUGUGCUGUUCGUCAAGGGUACCAACACGUAUGGCUCCAUUGCCGGUUACAUCUUUGGACUACUGUUGCGGAUCGGUGGGGGGGAGCCCUACCUCAGACUCCCCCCUUUUAUCUACUACCCAGGCUGGCGGUCCACUGAGAAGGUUCACAAUCUCACUAAGGAAGUGGAGCACUUUAUUGAACAGAGAUUUCCUUAUAAGACAGUCUCUAUGCUGGCUUCACUAUUGAGCAAUGCGGCUUUUUCACAUUUGGCCAAAUAUCUGUUUGAGAGUGGAACUCUGUCCCCUAAGUACGACUUCCUGGACGCGGUGGUUUCUAAGCACAGCAAAGAAACGAUGGACAAGACGACCCUGGUUGUUAAUGACAACAUUAAUCUUUCUGAACUGGCUCCUGUUAAACCAAGACAUGGAAGUUCUCUUGCAGGAACCUUUAUAAACACAGAUGUACUGAUUGACGAGGGAGAUGUUAGCCCAGACUACAAGAAUGUAUGCGAGUAGAGAUGCACAGUUUCUGCUGCGGGAAUGAUCGUGAACUUCACAUGGUGCAGAUAAAAUGAGCAAGCAGCCACCUGGAGCACAGAAGGCCAAUAUACUGGCAAUUCACAGACAGGAAACAAAUAACACAUUAUUGUGAUGUAAGGUGAUCUUUUGAUGUUUUCUCGUUCUUGGUAUAGAAUAUAUCUGUUAUAGAGCAAUAAUAUUUUCAAAAUACAUAUGAUUCACUACAUAUGAUUGUAUAUGUAUUUUAUCGUACAAUGCAUAGAGUUUGAUAGUCAUACAGUUGUAUGACACAGUGUUACAGUCAUACAAACUACAGUCAGCCUGAAUUUCAUACCCUGUUACACUUGUACAAUGUGACAGUUAUACAACACUACAGUCAGUCAGAUUUCACACAGUGGUACAGUCUUACAAUGCGACAGUAUGUAUUUUUUUCAUACAGUGUUAUAGUCAUACAAAACUACAGUCAGUCAGAUUUCCAUACAGUGUUGCAGUCGUACAACACUACACUCUGUAUGGUUUUCAUACAGUGUUACAGUCAUACAACAAUACAAUCUUUCAGAUUUUCUCACAGUGUUACAGUCAUACAACACUACAGUCAGCCUGAAUUGCAUACCAUGUUUCAGUCAUACAACACUUCAGUCAGUGAGAUUUUUAUACAGUGUUACAGUCAUACAUCACUACAAUCAGUCAGAUUUUCAUGCAGUGUUACAGUCAUACAACAAUACAGUCAGUGAGAUUUUCAUACAGUGUUACGGUCAUACAACAAUACAGUCAGCCAGAUAUUCAUGCAGUGUUACAGUCAUACAACAAUACAGUCAGUGAGAUUUUCAUACAGUGUUACAGUCAUACAACAAUACAGUCAGUCAGAUUUUCAUGCAGUGUUACAGUCAUACAGCAAUACAGUCAGUCAGAUUAUCACACAGUGUUACAGUCAUACAACAAUACAGUCAGUCAGAUUUUCAUGCAGUGUUACAGUCAUACAACAAUACAGUCAGUCAGAUUUUCACACAGUGUUACAGUCAUACAACAAUACAGUCAGUCAGAUUUUCAUGCAGUGUUACAGUCAUACAACACUGCAGUCGGACAGAUUGUCACACAGUGUUACAGUCAAACAACACUACAGUCUGAAUGAUUGUCACACGGUGUUACGGUCAUACAACAAUACAGUCAGUCAGAUUUUCACACAGUGUUACAGUCAUACAACAAAACAGUCAGCCAGAUUUUCAUGCAGUGUUACAGUCAUACAACACUGCAGUCGGACAGAUUGUCACACAGUGUUACAGUCAAACAACACUACAGUCUGAAUGAUUGUCACACGGUGUUACAGUCAUACAACAAUACAGUCAGUCAGAUUUUCACAAAGUGUUACAGUCAUACAACAAUACAGUCAGUCAGAUUUUCAUGAAGUGUUACAGUCAUACAACACUACAGACAGACAUAUUUUCACACAGUGUUACAGUCAUACAACAAUACAGUCAGCCUGAAUUGCAUAGCAUGUUUCAGUCAUACAACAAUACAGUCAGUGAGAUUUUUAUACAGUGUUACAGUCAUACAACACUACAAUCAAUCAGAUUGCCAUACACUGUUUCAGUCGUAUAAUACUACAGUUUGCCUUAAUUUCAUAGUGUUACAGACAUGCCCGACUUACAGUCUUUCUGAUUUUCAUACAGUGUUACAGUCGUUCAGUGUUAGAGUCGUACAACACUACAGUCUGCCUGAUUUUCAUACAGUGUUACAGUCGUACAGUAAAGUCAUGCGGGUCCACAAUCAAAUAUUUCUCUAACCUUAUUCUGUGUAACAUUUAAGUGUUUGUUUAACAUGUAAGUGCAUCUUAUUUAUGAUUAUGUCUUUAGGUAAACACUAAUGAAUGUAGGUGUGUAUUUCAUGUGUUCAGCAUCACUGGGUAUAGAGGAUGUCUUAUAUUGUAUCUUGACUUACGAAAGAUUAUUUGUUGUAUUCUCUUUUGUGUUGUAUACUAUUUUUGUGUGAAAUAUAAAGUCUAUUUUUGUGCAGUAAUUAGAUAUGUCCUAUAUCUAGCAUAUACAAAAGCAGCUUUAGAGAUCAGUGGUAUAAGUUUUUGAUGAGCUUUUCUGAAUAUGUUUAGAAAAUAAACAGUUGCUUAACCUGUAA